GAGGUUAUGCGCCGAAGAUAAUCCGAAUCGCUUCCUUGAUUCGUCAACUUGAUUACCAAUCAUCAAUCCAACACUCCUGUAUGAUCACAACUCCUCGUUUCUACUCCGUCCGUACAUGCAGAAAAAUGGAUUUCCGAGUUCCUAGUUUUACGAAGAUGUUGCAACAGUGUGAAAACGACCAAUCAAACUCAAUCAAACUGAGCAGUAUUGCCUGCCAGAGCUAUCAUCCCUUCCUUCUUAUCCUAGAAGACAAGUCAAUAUCAAACGCGGGAUCAAGACCCCGCAUGUAAUUAUCCCAUUUUGGAGCUCCGAAACCUUACAUAUGAAUCCAUGAAAUUAUGAUACUUCUUGAACUUGCUACUCGUUGCUCAAGUCAGAGAACUAAGCAAGGCUCAGAUAUAAGAAGAGUCUUAUUCCUUUGAUGUUGCUGGUAGAUCAUUUCACCCACACGCCAACUGUUCUAUAAGAUACUUGUGUCCCCCUUCUACAAUGCGUACAGACCAUACCUUCUCAAACAACAAUUCACGUCAAUCUGCAUCUGGAUCAGCUUCAUCUAAUAUGGCAGAGCAUACCAUAAUCCCAAUCGAUCAGAAUUGGACCUUCAAACAGGCGGAAGAUGAAGAUUCUAAAUUUCUCCCUGUCGCACAAUUUCCCACGAAUGUUCAUUUGGACCUCAUUGCCAAUGGCAUCAUAGAGGAUCCUUUCAUGGGAAAGAACGAAAAUGACGUUCAAUGGAUUGGUGAGACUGUCUGGACAUACAGAACAACGUUUUCAUCGCCUACGAUAUCAUCAGAGGACAAAGCUGGCACCAAAGCAGUUCUGGCAUUUGAUGGAUUGGAUACGUAUGCCACCGUUCUGUUGAAUGGAAAAGAAAUCCUCAAGACAGAUAAUAUGUUCAUACCAGAACGGAUUGACAUCACAUCUCACCUAAAAGACGAGGGAGAAAAUGAACUCAAAAUCACAUUCGAGAGCGCAUAUCUCAAAGGAUGUGCCAUAGUGGAGAAGUAUCCGGAUCAUCAUUGGGGUUGUUGGAACGGUGAUACUUCGAGACUUGCUGUUCGGAAAGCACAAUAUCACUGGGGAUGGGAUUGGGGCCCAACCCUCAUGACUUGUGGACCAUGGCGACCAAUAAACCUUGAGCUUUUCACAUCUCGCAUCUCGGACGUCUAUUUCACAAGCAAUGUGGAUAAAUCCUUGAAAACUGCGGAACUCGUUGCGAAGGCGGAUGUUCAAGGUGAAGCAUCGCAAGUUAAGUUCGAUGUUACUUUGGACGGCAAGCCUGUUGCAAGUAAGACAGUUACCUCUUCUGAAGGUUAUGCUAGCCACGCAUUUACGAUUGAAGACCCUGCACUAUGGUUUCCUAUCAGAUAUGGUAAACAGCCAUUGUAUGAUCUUACUGCGACGUUGAUUCACAAUGAUAAAAGUAUAUCAACGCAGACCAAGAAGUUUGGCUUGCGCCGAGCAGAGCUGGUGCAGGAUCCUUUGAAAGAUCAGCCAGGAACGUCGUUCUUUUUUAGAAUUAACAACGUUCCAAUUUUCUGUGGUGGUAGUGAUUGGAUUCCUGCCGACAAUUUCAUUCCCCGCAUCAGCAAAGAAAAGUAUUAUGAUUGGGUUAAGCUAGUAGCAGAUGGAAAUCAGUUCAUGAUUCGAGUUUGGGGUGGUGGAAUAUUUGAGGAACAAGCGUUUUAUGAUGCUUGCGAUGAAUUGGGUAUUCUGGUAUGGCAAGAUUUCAUGUUCGGUUGUGGAAACUACCCUGCUUUCCCAGACUUUCUCACUUCUGUCAAGAGAGAAGCCGAAGAGAAUGUCAAGCUUCUUCGACACCAUCCGUCCAUCGUUAUUUGGGCUGGUAAUAACGAAGAUUACCAAUAUCAAGAAUCGGAAGGUCUCACUUACGACUUUGACAACAAGGAUUCAGAGAGUUGGUUGAAGACCAAUUUUCCAGCAAGAUACAUAUAUGAGAAAAUUUUGGUUGAUGCUUGCACCGAACUAAUUCCAGAUACAUACUAUCACUUUGGUAGUCCAUGGGGCGGAAAGAAAACCACUGAUCCUACCGUUGGUGACUUGCAUCAGUGGAAUGUGUGGCACGGCUCCCAAGAGAAGUAUCAAAACUUCGACAAGCUCGUUGGACGUUUCGUCUCAGAAUUCGGCAUGGAAGCGUUCCCGAACAUCAAAACUAUAGAAGCAUUUCUCCCACUAGGUAAAGACGAUCCCGACCGUUUCGCCCAAUCCUCCACCGUUGAUUUCCACAACAAAGCUGACGGCCACGAGCGCCGUAUUGCCCUCUACCUCGUCGAGAAUUUCCGCUAUGCACCUGAUCCCCUUGAGCAAUUCAUCUAUUCCACUCAGCUCAUGCAAGCCGAGUGUCUAGCUAGCGCCUAUCGACUGUGGAAACGCCAAUGGAAGGGACCUAGUAGAGAAUACUGCGGAGGUGCCCUAGUGUGGCAAAUCAAUGAUUGCUGGCCCGUAACAUCUUGGGCAAUCGUCGACUACUUUCUCCGUCCAAAACAUGCCUAUUACACCGUCAAACGUGAAAUGGCUCCCAUUUCCCUCGGCAUCACGCGCAAAGAACACAUUACCCCCAAAGAUAAAUAUACCCGUGCACAUCUCACCAAGAAAACACAAAUCGAAAUCUGGGGUUCCAACCUAGGUCUCGAAGAUAUCACGGCCGACGUCCUGGUCAAAGCAUUCGACGUCAUCACCGGCCAAGAAACCUACUCCAAAACCAUCGCUUCCUCUCUCCUCCUCCCCGAAAAUCGUUCCACGGAAAUAAUCGCCCUGGACGUCCCCGUGCAAACCCCAAACUCAGACGAAGAAUCCCGCACCGUGGUCGCCGCAUAUCUCAUCCAAGACGGCGUGCACAUCGCUCGCUACAUCAAUUGGCCCGAACCAUUAAAAUACGUUCAUUUACAAAAACCCACCGAUCUGCGCGUCAAAUUGUCGGAAGAUGCAAAGACAGUGGAGAUUAGCAGCGAGGUUCCGGUGAAGGGGGUAGCGCUCGAAUGCGAGGAUGAAGAGGUGGUGUUUGAGGAUAAUUUGGUGGAUGUGGUGCCGGGUGAGAUGGUUAAAGUCGGGGUUAAGGGAGCGAAGGCGGGUACGAGCAUUGGAGUGAGGUAUUUGGGGAUGAUUUAGAGAAUUGUGAUUGCUAUUCUCCUGUUUUCUUCUGCUUCUGGUGUUCUUCUUUCUUCAUUUUCUUUUUCUCAAAGUGGAUCGGUUUUGUUUUAUAGGGUCGCAGUAACGAUUGAAUGAUUUUUUUUUAUGAUGGAUUGGUGCUAGGGGGGAAUUUUUUUCAUGAAAUAGAUGAAUACAAAGAUCUGUCUUUCCAUGUUGUUAAAUCUCAUCUCCUGAUAGCAUAUACAUACAAACCAGACGAAUACACCUAUUCUUCGUAGGCUGGAAGUAUGAACUUGUUUUAGGAUAAUUGUAUCUUACCUGGAACCCAUCGAAACAACCUACGCGAUCGCAACACAGCCCAAGAGGAAUUCAGAUGAACA